AUGUUUUCAAGUAGCAAGAACAUUGUCAUUACGGCUGGCACGUUCAGCCACGUUGAGCAUAAUUCACAGUCAGCCUUGGAGAAACUGCACGGAAUGAUUGCCAGCGGAGCCAUGCACAACUCAGGCGAACGAUUCGAUCCUCCCAAAUGUUAUCCGGGCACCCGCGUCGCAGUGAUCAACGAGCUUCUAGGGUGGAUUACGGACAAUCGGGAUACGUUCAUUCACUGGCUCUACGGGCCUGCUGGAGCAGGGAAAUCAGCCAUCAUGCAAGAAAUCGCAGAGCUCUGCUUCGGAAGGCGUACCCUCCUCGCGAGCUUUUUCUUCUCUCGAACGGCCCUCUUGCGCAACGAUGAGAAGCGAUUGGUGUCAACCAUCGCGUAUCAGCUCGUGCAAGCGCUCCCUCAAACCCGGCCCUACAUCGAGGAGGUGGUUGAGAACGAUCCAGCACUGUUCUCCAAGGACAUCCAAACGCAGCUUCAACUAAUCGUUCUUGAACCCCUCAACCGAGUCCUUCCAUCCCUACCAGCCCCUGGAAAAGGCAUUCCCCACCUCGUCCUCGUUGACGGUCUUGACGAGUGCAAGAACCCUGCCGCCCAACAACGCAUCUUAAACGCCCUCCUUACCAUCCCUGCCUCCUGCAAGUUCCGGGUCGUAUUCCUCAUUGCCAGCCGCCCAGAGACGCACCUAAAGAUGACCUUCAAUUCGGAGCCUUUCAAGCACGCUCUAGCUCGAACAGCACUCGACGAUCAGUAUCAACCUGCUGACGACAUCCGCUUGUUCCUGGAAGGAACAUUUACCCAGCUGAAACAGACCCACCCCCUCCGAGAGUACUUACCCGUCGACUGGCCGGGGCAGAGCAAGCUCGACACUCUCGUUCGGAAAUCAUCAGGGCAGUUCAUCUACGCAGCCACUGUUGCGAGAUAUGUGUCUCCGCCCGAUACCCGCCCUGACGACCGACUCGACGUCGUUCUGGGGCUGUCUCCGCGAGAAAACGUCCACGAGUUCCCCUUCGCUGAACUGGAUGCGCUUUACCUUCACAUUCUCUCUUCACUGAGGACCAAGAUGCCUGCCCUCCGAAUUUUUGCCCUCGUCGCAUUUCCUAUCGGAUCGCAGGUGUAUCAGUGGACUUGCAGAAUGGUUGACGACUUCCUGAAACUGAGAGACGGCUCGACUAAGGAAGUUCUGAAUAGAUUGGCUUCCGUUAUUGGGUACAGUGAGGACCAGUACAUCCAUGUCUUCCAUGCCUCGUUGAUCGAUUUCUUGUUGGACGAAGAACGGUCAAGAGAGUUCUAUAUUUAUUUGCAGGGAGAAGGGACCUAUUUCGUGAGGAUGUGCUUACGACAAUUUACCUCCGGGACUGAUAAGGAUGUCUUUCACAAUGCCGUCAAUUGCUUCGACGUUUACGGCCAGUAUGCCAUUCCCGACGAAACCCUCUGGCAGGAUAUUGCUGCCUUGAAUGUCUCAGCGAUAGCACAAAAUAAAGCCCGGGAAGGGACUUCAAUCGCCCUCAUUGUCUACAAGUAUCUACAGUGUCCCAGAAAACUUAAUUUCCCGAAGCAAAGCCACGAUACACUAGCGGCCAGAUGUCACGAAAUCGUCGAGAAGUUUGUAGGACUUCAAGUUAGCCUCUAUCGAUCUACGGGCCCUCUUCUCCGUAUCCUCUUAGUGCUAUAUGCAACGAAUCCAGGAUUGAUGCUCCAUUCUACCCGGUACAAGUGUGGUGAUCGCAGUCGUCCAUGCACUUGGGCCUAUAUUGUCAUGGGGCCUCUGGAUGAGGAGUUCAUUUCGGCCGCCUCUGUGGAUGAUUCAUCGAUGUCCCUUCUAGACGUGCCAUUGCCUGCUAACUACUCCUCAUCACGAGACUCCGAGCACCGAACGGUGUUUCUUCCUUUCAUCGAGAAAUUUCUGAGCCGGGAGGACUUCGUGAUUGCAGCCAGCCAUAUUGCUCUGUACAUCAACCAUUGCGAGCUCACGUGGAUCUUUAUCACAGCCGAAGACCGCCAUCGAGUGUCCCAAGCAGGUUGGAACGUUGACCCAAAGGAUGACAGAAAUAUCAUCAAAGGAGAGAGCUUGGACAACACCCUGCUAAGCAUGAAACACGAGGCUUAUGAACGCGCUGUCAGAUACUUGCCGCUCUUGUUGCUCAAUGCCGGGAUAGACGCCAAACUUGGCGAAAUCCUCUCGCAGAGCGUCAUCGUCACUUCUGAUGUCGGAGCCCACAACUGGGAUACUCAGCAGCCGGCGACGGCAACAUGGGAAUACGGGUACUCGGGGAUCGCGUCGGGCCAAGGACCUUUGGAUGAGGUAUUAGAGUUCAGAAACGCGGCAGCAGAAGCGAUUAAUGAGUAUCUCAAGAGAAGCCACAAAGCGAAAGGGCGGAGUUUUGUCUUUCGGUGA